UGUGUGUGAUCUGAUUCGAGAGUAUAAAGCUCUCCUGAGUCGAGAGGCGAGAAAGUCAUUUAGCGCUUAAUUUCAAAUUCAAAAAAUGGUCAAGAUGCAAGUGGAAGAGGAUCAUUAUUAUUCCGAUGACGUUUACAGAUGCCUCUCUGAGGUGCAUUGUAUGUCAAAGAAAUAUGGACUCAGCGAGAUGUUAAGUCAUGAAGAGCUGAAAGAAAGGCAAAGGGCACCGUUCGCCCGGAAAUACCAAUCCCUGGCCUUAAUCGAUGUCCUGCAACAGAUGCGAUCGACGCAGAAAUCAAUCAAUGACGUUCAGCUUAAGAAACAGGAAAGAAUGCUUCAACAUGAGGCGGAAGAUAUUAUCUCAUGCACUAAAAUAGAGAAGAACCUCAGUGAAAUCUCUUCCUUCAAUGAAUAUUUGAAAACCAUUCUUCAGAAGAAACAGUCACUUCUUACCAAUCUGCAAAGACCUCUCAUUGAAAAUGCUAUCAAACUUGAAGUGAAGUAUCACAGUAUUUUUGUGAAAAUGUUGUCCCAUUCUGCAAAUGUUUUGCAAAGUUUGAUGAAAAACAUUGAAAACAUCAACUGGAUAAACUUGACAAAGUUAGCAACUCCAAAUAAACUGCCUGAAAUCGUUGAUUAUAUUGAGACCAACUUGGCCCAAGUCAACACAAAUUAUCACUUGAUGUGCCAGAUCAAAGCUCGUUUGAAUCUAUUACAGAAUCCAUAGAAACAAAUCCCAAAUAUUUUCUCCUUUUAAAAGAGGUUUUAGAUUUAUCUUCUGCUUGGUUAUCUUUCGGCUUAACUGUAAUUUUUGGAGCAGCAAAAAUUUCUUUAAUUUGAAAUAUUCACCAGAGACUUUAUUCAAAUUUAUUUCUUUAAAAUAUACAAUUUAUAUAUAUUUAUUAACUUCUUGGCAAGCAUGGUUCUUCAAAUUCAUUGAGGAAAUCGCAAAAUAUAAUUUCCUUUUGUCCCAUGCAACCUUAAUAAACAGCUACGGAACAAUAUUUAAAACCUAGAUAUUGGGUAACAAUAUUUUUAAGUGAUGCAGAAAAUCCAAAAUGCAGGUUAUGCAAUAUUUUAAAUACAUGUUCUUCAGUGAGUUCUGGUCUGUAAGACUAUAUUAGAAUGUCCCCUUUUAGAGGGUUUUUUUUUCCCCGGGACUGUAAGUCUCUAUGUUGAAGCAUAGCCUUCAGGACUGACUCUUCCCUUUUUCAUGUUGUCUUGAUAUAAGGGGAUCUCUCCUAAACACCUAAUCUAUUUAUCAUCAGCUCACCUUUGAGAUUUGAUGUGGAAUAUACUACAUAACUAUACUAUAUGACUCUACUCUUGUCCUUUUAAGUGGCUGGUGAUGCUUCACAUGAUGUGGGCCGAAUCUUGUGAGUCAAUGCAUUUGUGUAAAAAUUAAAUUAUAAAAUUAAAGCAACACCCUGUCUUCACUUCCUCUUCUUGCUAAAAGCUUUUCUGAUGGUUAUCUGGUUAUAGUUCUUUCCAAAGCAAUCAUGAGUUAAUGAUUGCUUAAUUGAUAGUUAAGAGGCCGGUUGUCUCUCAGAAAACUUCUGUUUACGUAACACACAAAAUAGAACUUUUUUUUAUUUGUUUCCAUCCUUUCACGAUUGACAAAAUAUAAAACCAAUCAAAUACUAAGGUAGGGCUGGUAAUGUAAUUACCAAAUAUUUCCCCUCAAAAUUAUUGGUCUUGUACCAAAAUUAGGCAUUAUUAGUCUUACUCUUCAUUGUUUGUUUUUUUUCUCAUUAGCUGUGGUGUUUCUGCUUUCCUUAAAUAUUCUCUUUAGAAUUGUCAGAAUUUCCUACAUGUUACAGUUGUCGUGUUUCAUAUUCUUUUCUUGUUUUUCGCUUCCCGUAUUUUGACUUUAUAGUAUUGCUUCUUACAAAAGUGUUAUUAUCUAAGUUAAUAAAGUUCUAUGUCGUGCAUUCUAAUAUAUUUAUUACCUGUCUUUAUUUAAUUUUUUGUCAAAUAAUUAAACCUGAUCUGAGUGAAUUUCUCCCAGGUCUUUAAUCUUUGUUCUUUAGUUUCUGUUUUUAGUUCUGUAUCUUUUUGUUAGUGGCUCUUGCUAUUAUCUACGUUAUCGGUCAUGCCGUUUUAUAUAUAAUUCUUUUCUUCUCAUUUAUGUCCCAUCAUUGACUUCAUUAAGUAUUUCUUCUAAUUAAAUUAUUCAUCUAGUGAAAGUGUUAUUAAUUUGUUAAGUUAAUAAAGUUCUGUAUUGUACAUUCUAAUAAAUUAUCAACUGUCAUUAUUUAAUUUUUUUGUCAAAUAAUUAAAAUGUGAUCUGAGUUAAUUUCUCGUCUAUUUAAUCUUUGUGGUUUUUUGUUUUUUAGCUGUGUUUUACCUUAAUUUAACAUCUUUGUUUUUAAUGUUUUAAUGUCAUUAUUUAAAUGUUCUUAAUUAGAAUAUGUCUACUUUUACUCGUUUCUGUUUUAAUGUGUUUUAUUAGUUAUAAGUAAUCUAGUUUUACUAUUUACCUAACAAACGUUUUAGUGAUAAUAAUUAUAUUUCCUUUCAUGCUCUUUUUAAAAAUUUCUCUACUGUGGCUUCAUUAAUUAACUGUACUCUACUAAUUAGCAAAAUGUUCUGCUGUCAUUUUUCAGUACUUCUCUUGAGUUCUCUGCCUCUUAACUUCAAAC